AUGAGCACCCUUGGAAAGCGAGGAAGAGAAGAAGGGUUUUUGUUGAGGAACCUUCCCAUUUCCCCUUUAACCUUUCUUUUUUCCGCAUCCCUCUCAAUUUUCCCCAUUUUCUUUCUUUAUUCCUUUUGCUCUAAUUUUGAUCUCGUCCUCGUGGCCACCACCGGAAACAAAAACAUCAAUGCCAGAUUGGUGUUGCUUGGAGAUGUUGGAGCUGGAAAGUUUAGUCUUGUGUUGCGCUUUGUUAAAGAGCAAUUUGUUGAAUUUAAGGAAUCGACUAUAGGUGCUGCCUUUUUCUCACAAACAUUGGCUGUACAUGAUGCCACGGUAAAGUUUGAGAUUUGGGAUACAACAGAUCAAGAGAGGUACCAUAGCUUGGCACCAAUGUACUACAAAGGAGCUUCUGCCGCCAUUAUUGUCUAUGAUAUAACAAAUCAGGCAAGAGUCUACCAAUGA